ACCAGAUCUGACACCUAGUGCUUAGGUAUUGCUUUUGUAGUUUUGAAGCUUGGAUUUUUGUUACUUCAUUUACCUGCUUUUCUCCAGCUUAACAUAGUGCUCAUUGCAGUAAAACUUGCUACAACUGGGUGGCAGUGUUGAUUUCAGAGAAACUUCAGAAAAAUGCUAUGCUGUUGGGUUAUGUUCAAAGAGAAUCAUUGGAACAAAAACUCAAAUUUGAAAGUCCAUGUUUAGUGAAAUUGUAAAAUAUUUUUGGUGCUAUAAUAUUGAAAAAUCGAAUUUAUUAAAUCAUCUAACUCAUUUUUAUAGUCAGUCUAAGUUGAUUUUCAGUGUUUGUAUCUAAUUUGAUGAACUAAACUACUACAUUUAUUAGCUUAUGGCAUGCAAUAAAAUUUCAAAAAUAUGUCAUUAACAAAUAUUUAUUAAAUUUAAGAAUAACUUCUUUAUAGUAGUUUUGUUAGUAAAAGAGAAAUGUAAUAUUUCUUAAAAAUUGAUAACUAUCUAGGUAGAUGACUGCUACAUAAAAAAAAGUAAAUCUCACCUUGUCUCCCUUUUUAAGACAGCAUGCAUAAACUUUUUUGAUAACAAAAAAUUGACUUCUGAAAGCUUUUAUUUUUUUUCACGUUAUAUUUUUCAGCAAAUUUUAAAAGAUUUUUCUCCAGUAAGUCAUUUUCUUCAUUUAUCUCUGUUUCUCAAAUAGAACUGGUGUGUCUUUGUUUCACACUUAUCCCCCACGUGUUUAUAGCCUUAAGAGUAAAUCAUAGCAAUCUGUUUUGAAUCUGGUAUGAAAUUGCAAUAAGGACUGUAUAAAAGAUUUAGCAUACUUCAUAAUACUAGCAAGCUAACGUUUCUUUUUAAUCAGAUGUAAAAGACAAAUUAUUAAACUUUUUCCUAAAAAUAGUACAAUAUUAGAAACUAGUGGCUAAUUUAAACUAUUGUUUUAAAUUUAGCUGUGAGGAUCUCCAAAUACAGGAGGAAAUAUUUUAGUUUUUCUUAUGCUAGUUUAAUUAUAAUUUUUUUCUAUAAUGUGAAAAAACUGACAAUAAAUUAUAUCAGAUUGGGCUUGAUAGGUUAGAAUCUGUUAACUACAUCUUUAAAUAAAAUUUGCCCUCAGCUUAUCUGGCUCAGUAGAGUUGUGGGCUACAAAAUCAAUAUACAGAAAUCUGUCAUGUUUCUAUAUGUUAACAAUGAACUAUCAAAGAAAUUAAAACAAUCCCAUUUACAAUUCCACCAAGAAGAAUAAAAUAACUAAGAAUAAAUUUAUCUAAGGAGGUAAAAGAACUGUGCACUGAAGACUGUAAGACAUUAAUGAAAGAAAUUGAAGAAUACACAAAAAAAUGGAAAGGUAUUUAGUGCUUAUGGAUUGGAAGAACUAACAUUGUUAAGAUGUUCAUACUGGUGAAAGCAAUCCACAGAUUCAGUGCAAUCUGUAUCAAAAUUCCAAUGGCAUUUCUCAGACAAAUAGAGCAAAUAAUCCUCAAAUUUGUAUGGAACCACAAGUGACUCUGAAUAGCCAAAUCAAUCUUGAGAAAGGCAAACAAAACUGGAGACAUUGUGCUCCCUGAUUUCAAACUAUAUUACUGUAGUAAUUACUGUAGUAAUCAAAACAGUAUGCUGUUAGCAUAAAAACAAACAUAUCAGUGGAACAGAAUAGCCCAGAAAUAAACCCAUGCAUAUAUGGUCAAUUAAUUUAUGACAAAGGAGCCAUGAAUAUACAAUGGAGAAUGGACAGUCCCUUCAAUAAAUGAUGCUGGGAAAACGAUGCAGAAUGAAACUGGACUGCUGUCUUAUACACACAAAAAUUAACUCAAAAUGAAUUAAAGACUCUAACAUAAGACCUGAAAGCACAAAACCCAUAGAAGAAAACACAGGUGGUAACUCCUUGGCAUUGACUUUUGCAGUGAUGUUUUGGAUCUGACCCUAAGAGCAAAGGCAACAGAAGUAACAAUAAAGUGGGACUACAUCAAACUAAAAAGCUUUUUUGCACAGCAAAGGAAACCAUCAACCAAAUGAGAAUGCAACCUGCUGAAUGGGAGAAAAUGUUUGCAAAUCAAAUACUGAUAAAGAGUUAAUAUCCAAAAUAUAUAAAGAACUCACACAACUCAAUAGCACAAAAAUUCAAGCAGCUUGAUUAAAAAAAUGGACAGAAUAUCUGAAUACUUUUUUUUUCCAAAGAUGACAUACAGAUGUCCAACAGAUGCAUGAAAAGAGGCUGAUGAUCUUCAGUAAUCACCAGGGCAGUGCAGAUCAAAACUACAUUGAGAUGUUACCUUAUACCUGUUAGAAUGGCCAUUAUCAAAAAGAUAAGAGAUAACAAGUUUUGGUGAGGAUGUGGAGAAAAGGAAACCUUUGUGAACUGUUGGUGGGAAUGUAAAUUGGUACAGCCUCUAUGAAAAAUGGUAUAGAGAUUCCUCAAAAAAUUAAAAAUGAAAUAACCAAAUGAGCCAGCAAUUCCACUUCUUGAUAUUUAUCCAAAGAAAAUGAAAACACUAACUAAAAAAAGAUAUAUGCACCUCCAUGUUCAUUGCAGCAUUAUUUACAGUAGCCAAGAUAUGGAGACAGUCUAGGUGUUCAUUAAUGGAUGAAUGGAUAAAGAAAAUGUGGGGUGUGUAUACACGCAUGCACGUGCGCACACACGCACACACAGUGGAAUAUUACUCAGCCAUAAAAAGAAUGAAAAUUUGCCAUUUGCAGCAACAUGGAUGGACCUUGAGGGAAUUUUACUGAGACACGUACGAAGAGCCACAAUGGAAAAGUCCUGGACGCUGUGGAACUUUGUUGAAAGAUGGCUAAUAGCCUUGGCUUCAUGGUCUUGGGCUCUCUGCCGCAUUUCACUUUUACCUUUAAUAGUGACUUUUCACCUGUAUGGAGGCAUUAUCUUACUUCUGUUAAUAUUCAUAUCAAUAGCAGGCAUUCUGUAUAAAUUCCAGGACGUGUUGCUCUACUUCCCAGAACAGCCGUCGUCUUCACGCCUUUAUGUUCCCAUGCCCACUGGUAUUCCACAUGAAAACGUUUUCAUCAGAACCAAAGACGGAGUGCGUCUGAAUCUCAUUUUGAUAAGAUACACUGGAGACAGUUCGCCCUAUUCCCCAACGAUAAUUUAUUUUCAUGGGAAUGCAGGCAACAUAGGUCACAGGCUACCAAAUGCGCUGCUCAUGCUGGUCAACCUCAAAGUUAACCUUCUGCUUGUUGAUUACCGAGGCUAUGGGAAGAGCGACGGAGAAGCGAGCGAGGAGGGGCUGUGCUUAGACUCCGAGGCUGUGCUGGACUACGUGAUGGCCAGGCCCGACCUCGACAAAACAAAAAUUUUUCUUUUUGGCCGUUCCUUGGGAGGAGCAGUGGCUAUUCAUUUGGCUUCUGAAAAUGCACAUAGGAUUUCAGCCAUUAUGGUGGAGAACACAUUUUUAAGUAUACCACAUAUGGCCAGCACUUUAUUUUCAUUCUUCCCAAUGCGUUACCUUCCUUUAUGGUGCUACAAAAAUAAAUUUUUGUCCUACAGAAAAAUCUCUCAGUGCAGAAUGCCUUCUCUUUUCAUCUCUGGACUCUCCGACCAAUUAAUUCCACCAGUAAUGAUGAAGCAGCUUUAUGAACUCUCCCCCUCUCGGACUAAGAGAUUAGCCAUUUUUCCUGAUGGAACUCAUAAUGAUACGUGGCAGUGCCAGGGUUACUUCACUGCCCUUGAACAGUUCAUCAAAGAAGUAAUAAAGAGUCAUUCUCCUGAAGAAAUAGCAAAAACUUCAUCUAAUGUAACAAUUAUAUAAUGUUUUUCUUUUUGAUUAAUGUACUGUAUUUUAAUUUGUGCAGAAUGAUAAAGAAUGUUCCUUUCUAGAAGUGUGUUAUGUCUGUACUUGUCUGAAGAGUGACAUUAAACUUUGAAAGGACUUCAUUGCUCCUUUGAGAUGAUCCAAAUAGUUUUUUACAUUUGAAGAACGAUAAUUCUUGGAAUUACUUCAUACGUUUUCAUCAAACCUUUCAAUGUGAUUGUGUGUUUGUGUCUUUAGUUUAAUAUGCUAGUAUAAUAGCAUAUUAUAUUCAAAAGUUUCUUGUUGCUACAGCUGUGUAAUCUAUGUGACACUUCGAUUAAUGGCUAGGUGUGGAAGGAGACACGAAAACAAGAAACCUUUGGGUAUUAUUCCUUUAGUAAAUAUUGGGACAAUCAUGGUAAGCAAACUUAGUUCUGUAAUUGCAUUUUUCACCUUAAAAGUUAAAAUGAAAUGCAUGAUGGUAUUUUAUUCCUUGACUUACGCAAUGCCAUGUUUUUACUGUAAAUAGUACUGGUCAUAUGCCAAUGUACAUGAUGCCCUGGGUCAUAGCUAUUUUUAUGUAAACUCUGUUUUGUUUUUAGCAAGAUAUGAAAUUGAGGCCUGCGUGCAGGUUGCCAUUGAAUUUUGCUCUGGUGAAUGCUGAGAUCCAGCUUUUUCUUACAAAUAAAUGGGACCCCAUUUUCCAAUAGAAAUGUACCAUGUUUUGUUAGGUACAGUCUGACAUGUUGGAUCAUGGCAUGUAAAAAUAGAAAUUUAGAAUUUUACUGCAGCUUUGAUGUGCAUAUUUGAACUUUUUAACAUUUGUAAUUUUGGUGGCAAAGAAAUUUUAGCUUCUGUCAGUUUUGUAAGUCUACAGCUGAACCCCUAAUAGCAGUCAUAACGAAGAUCAGAACUUGUUUAAGAAUUAAUUAGGAAGUCUUACCAUUAUUCCAUUGUACAUACUAUUUUACAGAAAUUUCCACAUAUGAUUUUUAAGUCCCAAUAUCUUGGUGUAUCUAUCCCACUAAAGCCAAGAUACCAUUUAUUGGACUUUCUGAAAAUAAAACUUACAAAAACAAAAGUUAAAAAAAAAAAGCAGGCUGUCUUCUUUGGUCUGAUGUUUUAGUUACGAAACAGAAGAGCUGCAUCGAGAGUUCUAGGAAGCCUGACUCAUUUAUGUUCUCCUUGUAGGACUGUGCGAGUGAAGGGACGCUAGAGCUUUUAAAUCACAGAACCUGUCAGCACCUUUAAUUAAAUGGCUGUCAGUGGGAAGUAGUGUUUGGACAUACAGAAGAGUAAGAAAAAUCUUACGUAGAGAAGAGCCCCUUAAAACUUACAGGAUUUACCUUAAAAAUAUAAGCUAUGAGGCAUAGUUGUGCUAAGUUUUUUCAAGCAGUCCUCAAAAAUUAGAUGUAAUUGAGCUCUGUACGGCGUUAUGUCAGCUCCAACAUAUAAUAUUUUUUGAAUAUUUUAGCUAUAUUUAUUGGCUUUGUGCAAGCAGCUAGGGCAGAGAAAUAAUAGGUCAAUAAUCUUGACCUUAAUUUAAAACUUUCCAUGGAGAUAGGGCUAGAAAUACUUUUGCCAAAUAACAUUCCUAUCAUUCACUUUAUGUCAAUAUUUAGGAAAAAGUAAAUUAUAGCAAGUAUGAUUUCUAAAGGAUGUUUUCUAUAAAUUGUAAAAAAAAAUCAUGCUUUUUAUAAAAAAAAAAGUUGGUAACGCGUAUCAUGGAAGGUGUAUUUUGUAUGUGUAAAUUCACUACAAUUAAAGGCUACUUUUCAUCUUGUCAAUCAUUGCUAUGUAGAAUGAGUAUCCUAAAUAGUAACGCAUUAAAAAGAAAACAGUUACUACAACAAAGUGUAGUGUAUUUAGACGUGAGCUUAUACACGGCACACCUUAGACUUCUAUCAUUCUUCAAGUUUACAGAGGACCUUCUUAGGUUUUCAUGUAAUCAUUUAGUCUCCCACGCUGUGGAGGAAUAUAUCAACUUUAGUUAUAAAUAUUAUGCUGAUGAAGCAUAAAAAGCUUUUUCUUCGGCAGUGUUUCAUUUUAUGCUGCCUUUUGUUCUCUUUCAGUACUCCAGAUUUACAGUCACCCUCCCCCCCGGCUUUUUUUUUUAAUCCGGGACUUCGGAAGUUCUGGAGUACUUGUGUUUCUCCCUCCCUCCAUUCCCUUUCCUUCUGCAGCAAAGGGAAGAGGUUGCGUCUAGGGUUGUAGUCCAUCCUUCUUUCCUGGCUUCUGUACUGGGGACUGUUUCCUUAGAUGGGAAGGAGGUAGAAAGCAAACUCCUAUCAUCAGGGGCCCACAAACCCCAUGGCAUCAGUUUUAUAAAAUGUGUCUAAUUUUGUGGCCAUAGCAAUUGGUCUUAAUAAAACAUGGAUUCUUCAUGGGUCACACCCUCAUUUUGGACCCAUCUCUUAGUGGGAGUAAGGGUGUGUCCAUCUUGUUUAUUAAUUUUUGCUCAUUUACACAUGAGCAUCCCCUAUAGGAGUUUCUGAAUUGAGUUUUUAAAGUUACUAAGCUACUGUAAUUUGGAAAUUCUAGAAUGAUUUUAGAUGGCAAGAUAAAACUCAUUUAGAUCAAAAUCGAUUAUUUUAAAAGGAAUUACUCGGGGUAAAAUGACAAAAAGGAUCCUAAAAUGAUAUUGCAAAAUGCGGAAAGAAAUCAUUUGUAACAGAUAAAAGUGCAAAUAGGAUAGAAACAACUGGAUGGGGAAAUGUGACAUAGUUCUCAAGCUUCGAUCUAGGAAGUAAUUAGCUGAUGAGAUUGGUGAUGAGGAAACCUAAUAUUCAGAACAAAACAAGGCAUUUCUAACAGAAGGUCAUUGGAGUCCUGAUGUUGCCCCUACCCUGUGCUUUUGCAAAUACUUUGGCUGUAAAAUUGGUGUUUUCAUUAAAAUGGUAUUUCGAAUUUUGUUA